AUGUCGCUGCGACCGCUCCUCCGACGGUUGUGGAAACAUGCAUUCAGCACGCAAACCCCGAUAACGGCGCGACAUCUGAUGACCGUUCCACGAUGCCCCGAGCCAACCUGCGAAUGCGCCAACACGCCAAAGAUGCCUGACGGCCUUGAGAUAGACCGCGAGGCAAAACUGAACGGCCUGAUCUCCAGCUAUGCCGAGCAAGUCCUUGUCUGUACCGAUAAGAACGACUGGAUGUCGCGUAUUGAGGAGGAUAACAGCGGCGACAACCUCGCAGCAGAUCUCAAGGAAUUGAUCGGUCGCGGGGGUAUCUAUAGUGAUCCCUUCCACAACAUCUCCGUUCUCAACUCGUCGUUUCCGUCUUCGAUAUCCAGACGCCCGGAAGUCCAGAAUACGUCCGCUUAUCUUUUGCCCAGCUUCAAAUACGUCCCCUUCCUCCCGCGCGUCUCGUUUGAUUCCGUCCAAGCGCUGGUCAAGGGCUACCUUCUGCCCCCAAAACUACAUCCCAUGAACGAUGGGCUGUCGCUUAUACAUAAGGACCGACUGCUGAGGAAAGAGGCAUAUCAGCAUAUGCUGUACGGAGUGCGCGAUGUGAACGAUGUUUUGGUCUUGAUAUGUGGGCACGGCGGAAGAGACAUGCGGUGUGGCGUCAUGGGGCCGGUUCUUCAAGCAGAGUUUGGGAAGCAACUGCCCCAAGCGGGAAUCGAGGUCUUGCGAGGACCAGUGAUUGAUGAGAGCGUGUCUGCCCCGCCACUUUCGGGGACAGGAGGGGAUGUCUCGUCCACCGCAAGAGUCGGCCUCAUCAGUCACAUUGGGGGGCACAAGUUUGCAGGGAACGUUAUCAUAUACCUACCGCCGGCCCUGAAGAAUAACGCCGGAAAUGCGCAUCCGUUGGCGGGCCACGGUGUAUGGUAUGGGAGGAUAGAGCCAAAGCACGUGGAGGGGGUAAUCCAGAAGACGAUACUCGAGGGCAAUAUCAUCUCCGACCACUUCAGAGGCGCAAUCAAGCAAGGCGGAGAAAUCGUAAGACUAUAG